AAAUCAAAUUAAGAAAGAUAUAAAACCCAAAGAAGAGAGAGAGAGAUAGAAAAAUAGAAAAAGAAAAGCAUAUAGAUUAGAAACGUGUGCAGACCGACAUAAACGCUCUUUCGUCCCUUGAAGAUGUUCCUGGCUAGGCUGUGGAGAACUUGGACUGGCAUCACUAUCUUCGCUUUCCUUCUCAGCCAUUCCUUCACCAUCACUGCGUCGCAGGAACUGUAUGAUGACGUGGAAGACGAAGAAGAAACAGAUCCCAAUGAUGAAUUCAAAAACAGUCCUAUAACCUCCACGGUGUCCGUCGCGGGCGAGGCGUCGGUGCUGCCUUGCAACAUCUCCUCUCCGCUUCGAGGCGAUUCCGUCCAGCUGGUGCUUUGGUACAGGGAUCACGUCUCCACGCCCAUUUUCAGUUACGACGCCCGAUCCGGAGUGUAUUCCCGCCCGACGGAAUGGGCGGACCAAGAGCUCCUGGGAUCGCGCGCCCACUUCAGCGUCACGACCACGCCCGCCGCCCUCGUCCUCAACCAGACCAAGCGGGAGGAUGAGGGCGUGUACCGGUGCCGCGUGGACUACAAGCUCCUCACCACCACCCACGCGAGAGUCAACCUGUCGGUCGUGGAACCGGUGGGCAGCGUGCGCAUAGUGGACGAAGCCGGCCUGGAGCUAGUCGGCGCUGCAGGCCCUUAUACUAUAGGCCAGCGCCCUGCCCUCACGUGCCGAGUGCAGGGUGGCGACCCCCCUCCCUCAGUCACCUGGUGGAGGGACGGGAGGCUCCUGGACAGCACCUUCCACCACCAGACGCUCGUCAACUCAAGAACAAGCGUCCUAGACCCUGGCGUGGGCGUGGUCGUCAAUACGAUCCACCUGCGGGCGCUGAAGAAGGAGGACCUGCGAUCGACGUACACGUGCAAGGCGGGGAACCACGAGCGGGCGCCCACCAAGGAGGCGGCCGUCGAGAUCGACAUGAACUUCGGCCCCGAGAGCGUGGUGGUGAAGGGCCUGGAAGGUCCCAUUUCAGCAGGGCGCCCCCAGCAGGUGGUGUGUGAGGCGAGAGGAAGUCGGCCCCCUGCUAUUCUCACCUGGUGGCUGGACGGGCACAUGAAGAAAAGCAUUUCCCACAUGACCUCGCUGGACGGCCUCGUCUCCACGAGCACCUUGGAACUGGUCGUCACGCCCCAAGACGAAGGAAGCAAAUUAACGUGUCGAGCAGAGAAUCCUGAGUUGUCUUCAGCUACUAUCGAGGAUUCUCAUCAGCUCCAGGUUCUUUACCCGCCCGAGGUGAGGGUCGCCGCCGGCACCUCGCUCGACCUCGACCUAAUCAAGGAGGGAGAUGAUGUCUACUUCGACUGCCACGUGAAGGCGCGGCCCGAAGCGCACAGGAUCACGUGGAGUUUCAACGGGGCCGAGCUUCAGCAGAACGUCACAGCAGGCGUGAUGGUAGUAGGCAAGUCCCUGGUGUUGCAGAAAGUGUCCAGGAAGCAGGCUGGGAGUUACGCCUGCUCGGCCACCAACACUCAAGGCUUCAACACGUCCAGCCCAAUCCAGCUGUCCGUAAAAUACGCCCCCGUGUGUCGCGUGGAGCAAACGGACGUGUACGGCGUGGGGCGGCACGAGAAGACGACGGUGACCUGCCGUGUGGACGCAGACCCUCCGGUUACCGCGUACCGAUGGGCCUUCAACAACACGGGUGAAUUCGUCGACAUACCAAACUCCCACUUCAACAUCAUGGGAGAUGGCGUCAAAGCGCAGCGUUCCGACCUCCGCUACUCCCCCGUGAGCGACCUGGACUACGGGACGCUGCUGUGCUGGGCGACCAACCUCGUGGGGACGCAGAGGACACCGUGCACCUUCACCGUCUUCCCCGCGGGCAAGCCUGACGCCGUCGCCUCCUGCAGGGUGUUCAACGAGACGGAGGAGAGCGUGUCCGUUUCCUGCGAGCCUGGCUACAGCGGCGGCGUCGAUCAGAGCUUCCUGAUCGAGGCUUGGGACGACGGCGUGGUCAGGGCGACGGACACCAGCGACGCUCCGCUCAUGGAGGUCACCGGUCUUCGGCCAGGAACACGCUAUACGCUGAAGGUGUUUGCGGUGAAUUCCAUGGGGCGAUCGCAGCCGUACACCUUCACCACGUUCACGCUCACAGAUGUGGCGGAGAGGAGGACAGCGCUGGGCACGGGCGAACCGGGAGAACCGCUCAGCCCCCUGCUUGGCUCUGUGAUCGGAGGGGUUCUGGCGCUCGUGGUGCUCCUGGUCAUCGCGCUCGUGGUGGCCAAGUGCAAGCGCCGGAACCCCCACGAGGCGCAUAGCCUGCGGGAGAGCACGAGCGCGGGGGACGUCGGCUACAAGUCGUGCGGGAAAUCGGAAGUUCGACGGGACUCCAGCCUGCCCGACCCCGCCAUCACCACGCCCCGCAGCGAGACGAGGGGCGUGGCUGGACCAGACCUCGUCUCUACGUCACAGGAAUCCGCGACGCUGCCCCACUCCCAUGACUCGACGACUCCGCUGAUCGGCAACGGCAGGAUCCUCCAGGGCAAGCAGGACGCCCUGCUGCAGCACCAGUACCAACAGCAGCAGGCACAGCAGCAGGCACAGCAGCAGGCACAGCAGCGAGGCCUGAUGGUGGACCCAGUGGCAGGAAGUGUCGACCCCUCGUACUAUCACGAGGGCCUAGGGGUGGAGACCGGAGGAGGAGGCGGAGGGGGGGUGGGAGGAGUAGGAGUAGGACAUUAUCCCCAGCAGGGACAGCAGAAGGUUACUUUCGUACCCGUCUAUGAUUACCAGCACCAUCACCCGCCCUCUCAAAAGCAGGCCGAGCUGGACUGGUCCCUGAGCGAGAGCGUCUGGGGCGAAGUCCUGCCGACGAGUCACGUGGGAGUGAGACCCGGGGGCGCCGCAGGAGGAGCCGCAGGUGCAGGAGCUGGAGGAGGGUCCCAGGGCGUGGGAGUGAUAGAGGAAGGUGCGGCUGCAGCUGCGGGCGGUGUGGUGGACCCGCGGCGACACUCGGCCUACCUGCGGCCCCUCGACCAGCUCCCGCAGCAAGUGUCGCACCUUCCCACCCACAUCACCGACACUUUCCGCAAGCGGCAGCCGCAGCAGCAGUAUCUCCCCGCAACUCUCCACGCCCCUCCGACGCCCACGCACUUCCCCCCGCCCGGCUCGGAGCACGAGAGCGCCGUGUAGUGGGCGGCGCCGACGCAGGUCGCGUAGGGCGUGAGGCUCCCUCGUGGCCAGUGAUAGAGAAGAGACUAACAUUUCAAAAUGGCGUUAAAAGAGGUGACGUUAAAAAGAAAGUGACGUUAUUAACAGUCGGCGUCGGAAAUUUGACAUUGAAAGAUAUUAGCGUUAUAAAGGUGCCACUUUUAUCUCCUCAAAAAGUAGCAUUAAAGGAUAAAACUUCAGACAGCAUUGGACAGAAGCUAAUUUUAAAAGAGAUACAUCUUCUAUGAAAUAAAGGUGAUUUUUUAUGG